GGAGCAUCGCUGAGGAUCGGCUGAGGUGCUCUGCUAGGAGCUCAGCAUGCGUGAGUGCAUCUCUAUCCACGUGGGGCAGGCAGGUGUCCAGAUUGGCAAUGCCUGCUGGGAGCUGUACUGCCUUGAACAUGGUAUUCAGCCUGAUGGUCAAAUGCCAAGUGACAAAACCAUUGGCGGUGGGGACGACUCAUUCAACACGUUCUUCAGUGAGACUGGCGCCGGCAAGCAUGUGCCCAGAGCAGUGUUUGUGGACCUGGAGCCCACUGUGGUUGAUGAAGUGCGCACCGGAACCUACCGGCAGCUUUUCCACCCAGAGCAGCUGAUCACUGGGAAGGAAGAUGCAGCCAACAAUUAUGCCAGAGGUCAUUAUACCAUUGGCAAGGAGAUUGUUGACCUGGUCCUGGACCGGAUCCGAAAACUGGCUGAUCUGUGCACGGGGCUGCAGGGCUUCCUCAUCUUCCACAGCUUUGGAGGGGGUACAGGGUCUGGGUUCGCAUCUCUGCUGAUGGAGCGGCUUUCCGUGGACUACGGCAAGAAGUCCAAGCUGGAGUUUGCCAUCUACCCAGCCCCCCAGGUCUCCACAGCUGUUGUGGAGCCCUACAACUCCAUCCUGACCACGCACACGACGCUGGAGCACUCUGACUGUGCUUUCAUGGUGGAUAAUGAAGCCAUCUACGACAUCUGUCGGCGAAACCUGGACAUUGAGCGUCCCACUUACACCAACCUCAAUCGUCUGAUUGGGCAGAUUGUGUCGUCCAUCACAGCCUCUCUGAGGUUCGACGGGGCCCUGAAUGUGGACUUAACAGAAUUCCAGACCAACCUGGUGCCGUACCCUCGCAUCCACUUCCCGCUGGCCACCUAUGCCCCGGUCAUCUCGGCCGAGAAGGCCUACCAUGAGCAGCUGUCAGUGGCAGAGAUCACCAACGCUUGCUUUGAGCCAGCCAAUCAGAUGGUCAAGUGUGACCCUCGCCAUGGCAAAUACAUGGCCUGCUGCAUGUUGUACAGGGGGGAUGUGGUUCCAAAAGAUGUCAACGCGGCUAUUGCUACCAUCAAGACCAAGCGUACCAUCCAGUUUGUGGAUUGGUGCCCAACUGGCUUUAAGGUGGGCAUUAACUACCAGCCUCCCACCGUGGUCCCUGGGGGCGACCUGGCCAAGGUGCAGCGGGCUGUGUGCAUGCUGAGCAACACCACUGCCAUCGCAGAGGCCUGGGCCCGCCUGGACCACAAAUUUGACCUCAUGUACGCCAAGCGGGCCUUCGUGCAUUGGUACGUGGGAGAGGGCAUGGAGGAAGGGGAGUUCUCAGAGGCCCGGGAGGACCUGGCAGCUCUGGAGAAGGAUUAUGAAGAGGUGGGCGUGGAUUCCGUGGAAGCAGAGGCAGAAGAAGGGGAGGAAUACUGAGCGCAUGGAUCUGGCUGGCAGCCAUCCAUUUCCACCUUCCCCACCAUUGUCACUAAAGGCUAUGUUUACUUAUUAAAGUUUUUAAAUGGAA